CACCACUGGCGAACCUACUACCAAAAUCUCCUACCAGCACCACUUGUGAACUCUCUUCACCGAGCGUUCGCGAGCUGUUGUUUCAGGAAGGACCGGCCAGGAGCCGGGGGAACGAACACCAUUCUCGGUCACAUCGCCUUUGUCAAGGUUGAAUCAAGCGCUAAGCCAUCACUACCUGUUCGACGUUCAUCGCUCCUCCGAAAAUUCAAGGACUUCCUCUUAAUAAUGCCUUCCUAUCUACGAAGCACCCCUCGCGCCUACUCCUUCCCACCAUGGGUCGAGAAUGGCAACGACGACACUAAUGAAAACGAUCUUCCGGACAUCGACGAAGACCCCUUCUCGCACUUCAUCUCACCACCCAUCACCGAGGCUGACGACCCGUACGAGCUGUCCCUGAGCGCAGGCAUUGACGUCCAGGAAGGACCGCGCACCACAAAGUCUUCCAAGUUCAAGUCCAACCUCGCCAACAAAUGGACCCGAUAUGUCAAGCACAACCACAGCCAGCUCCACACCCAGUAUCACGCACCUACCAUCUACGAAGAGGACGAGGAGGAGUCUUUCAUGGGGCUGGACGACGACCGAUUGAACGACACGCCACACGUCGUGUCUCAGCUCAGCCCUCCACGGAUCAGAAUCACUGAACCAUCACGAGGUCGCGCACAAGACCUUGCCACUCGCAAACAGCAAAACCGUCGCCGGUACUCGCGCACACUAUCUGGUCAUCGCCACUCAUGGAGGGAACCCAGCCCGGACCUGUUCACUGUAGACGAAUCUGAAGAGGAGGAUGUUCCUGCGCUACGUCGCGCAAAAACUAGGAAGCCCAAGGACGGCGCGGAACGCCGGAGGUCAUCGACCCGAUCAAAAUCGAGAGCACGAGUCGACUCGGUAACGGGGGAGUCGAUCUUGUAGCACGGUAGCAUGGCAGCACGGCGGGGUAGAGAAAAGGAUGCAUCAUGGGGAAGGGGUUGGAUACACAGCAUUGCACGGCGUUGGUGGCUUUUUGACUUUACACACAGCAUUGGGAGGCGUUUCCGGUAUACCACGGGCUUGCAUUUUUAU